AUGGCAUCAACAUCUUUAGGCUCUGCGCCAGUAACAGAAGUACGCCGAUGGGACAAGAAAAAUAAUAAGUACCUUCUUGUUUCAUGUCCAAACUCUGUCACUAGUUACAACCAUUCUAUGGGAAAAGUGGACAUGUGUGAUAGACUAAUAUCUUACUAUCGCAUUUGUAUGCGAACAAAAAAAUGGCCGGUAAGAGUUUUCUGGCAUUUUGUGGACUUGGCAAUUACAAAUUCGUGGGUUGAAUACCGCCAAGACUGCUUCGCUCGUGGAGAUAGAAAAAACUCUAUCAUGGAUUUACUUGAAUUUAAACUGUAUAUCGGGAAAUCUCUUGCCCUUGGGGCACAAGCAAAAGGUUUUCAAGAUCCAACUUCUUCAUUAGAUGAAGAAACAAGUCAACCUGCUAAAAAAAUGCAAGAAGUCGGAGAUGCCACCAAGAGAUGUCAGGACCACUGGUAA